AUGUUUGCAAAUAAGUUGAGUGCGCCUUCGCUUGGUGGAGGGCUUUUUGGUCAAUCGCAGCAGCAACAACAACAACAACAACAACAACAACAACAACCACAACAACAACAACAACAACAACAACAACAGCAGCAGCAGCAGCAACCACAAAUCUCAAUCGGAUCAACUACUCAAACUACAAUCAACCAACCUACCUCACUAAACACAACCACUGUUGACAUCACCGCUUCAUUAGACAACUCCAGCAGCGAUAAAAUCUUGAAAGAUCUUUUGGACUCUGCUAGCAACUUGCCCAAAUCUCACAUCAACUACCACAACUUUGGGUCUAUACGUUUAACCUUGGAUGAACUUGAACGUAAAUCACAACAACUAAGAAAAGAAGCAGAAGCUGGGGGCAACAAUGCCAAGGCACACUAUUUCUUAGCCGGUGGAGGUGUUGCUACUGGCGAUAUUGAAGACGAAUUGAACAAGAUUCAAUUACCGAAAACAACCACCACUUCUUUCUACCAGCCAACAAAUGCAGAAACGGUUGAAAGUCACUUGAAAAAGAGAAAAGAAGAAAACAUCUUGAGCACAAUUGAACAAUCAUUCUCGGCAGCAUCAAACGAUUUUGACAACUACAUCAAUGCAAACAUAUCAGUCGAUUGGAAGGCAAGAAGAGACGAAUUGAGAAAGUCAAUGGGUAUAAAAGAUAGUGCCAAGUUCAAAGAGGAAGCAGCCAAAUUGGCAGUAGUUUGGAAAUCCACUUCAGCAGCAGCAAACAUCUUCACUCCUUUGAAAACUACAAGCUCCUCCCUUUCCUCAUUGAAACAAAUCUCACGUGAGAAAUUUGAAAACUAUGCCCAGGUCAUUUACGAAUUGAAUCAAUCUCGCUUACUUGAUGAACCAUUUUCAUUAUUUUUAAACUUUCACGAGUUGAACAAGGGACAAGACGAUUCAAAAUCAAAACAAGUUGGAGACGUUUGGAAGAUUUUACAGAAUUUCACCCUGGAAAACCUUGCAAAGACUAGUCAGGAGAAGAAAUUUGCCAAUUAUUCCGAGCUGGAUUUGCAAAAUGAAAUUGUAUUGAGUAGUAAGCAGUUCUUGGAAGCGCAAUUCUUGAAUUACAUUGAUCAUGUAUAUGUCAAGCACGAAAAGCCAGCCAAUUUCCUUCCACGAACAAAUAUCAAUAAAGUGUCAUUUUUCAUCCACCAAGUCAUUCUCAAAAAUGAACCUGACUUGGUUAACAAGACAUUGCUAGUGAAUGGAACGCCAAUUUGGGCUUUGAUUUACUUUUUGAUGCGUGCCGGUCUUUAUGCUGAUGCAAGAGAUUUAGUCACCCGAAAUGAAGAACUUUUCAACAAGUUUGAUCGAAAUUUCCCAGUUUACAUGAAAUCAUUUGUCAAUGAGCAUAAAUUACCUUCGAACUUGAGCGAAAGAAUUCAUCAAGAGUUUAGUCAACAAUUUCAAUAUGUGUUGAAUGAUAUUGAAACUAGUGUCAAUUUCGAUCCUUACAAGUAUUCAGUCUACAAAAUUGUUGGUAAAUGCGAUUUGAGCAAUCCAUCACUUCCUCAAGCAAUCAAUUUAAGUGUGGAGGAUUGGUUAUGGUUCCACUUGUCCAUCAUCAAUGAAAGUGAGUCAUCAAUUUUUGAAAACUACUCAUUGUCCAAUCUUCAAAAUAAUGUCCUUCUGUUGGGUGCCAAGUACUUUGCAUCGUCCAGUUACUCCUUAUAUCUAAAGACCUUGAUCUUGACCGGGUUGUAUGAGUUGGCAGUGCAGUAUUGUUAUGAUGUUAUCAAUGAGGCUGAUGCGGUCCACUUGGCCAUUGGCCUAGCAUACUAUGGCGUACUCCACUGUUACAAUUCAAAUAAAAACGAAGUCAUAACCGUCAACAACAACAAGUACCAGGUGAAUUUCGGUAGAAUCAUUGGUACGUAUACAACAUCCUUCAAAAUAAGUGAUCCCAAAGCCGCGUGUGAGUAUCUCAUCAUGAUUGCUUUAGUUGAUACACGGUUAGCCCACGAUGCAUUAAAGGAGCUCAUACUUGUAACAAGAGAGUUUGGGCCCCUUAUUGGAGAAUUGCACCCUGAAACUGGUUUCAUAGAGCCUGGAGUAUUGGAAAGUCAACGCAAAUUGAUUGGAUUAGAAGACUUGACUUUGUUCCAACACGACAUUGUAGGCGCCACUGCCGUCAAGUGUGAGGAUGAGGGAAGAGUGUUUGAUGCUCUUUUACUUUACCAACUCGCUCGUGACUACGAAGCAACUGUGGUGCUCAUGAAUAAUAAAUUGGCCGACAUCAUCGCCACUAGCGAAUUGGACAAGUCAAUCUUGAACGGGGGCUCAAUCGACAACAGCUUGGUGUUACAAUCGGAACAUAUCUGGCGCAAUAUAUCAAAGAGCAGCUAUAUCAGCAAAGUUUCUCCCCCAGUGAAGCAAACUUGCGACUUGCUCAUUUCAAUCAUCAAGAUUCGUGAAUUGUUUGUAAAGAGACAAUGGCGUGAAGUGAUUUCCGACAUCAACAAACUUGACUUGAUUCCAGCAGAUGCACAUGACGACUUGCUAAAAGUUCGAAACUACAGUGACUUGAUCACCAACAACAAAUUGGAUGGCAACUUGGUCAAGGUGUUGCCAUCAUUGCUCGUAUUGGUGAUGACAUGUAUAUCCAAUUUGAAUUACGGUAUUCUUGCAAGAAAAUUCCAACCAUUGAGCAAUGAACGUGAAGAGUUGAAUCAUUGGAAGAAAAUAGCUAAAAAUUGUGUGGUUUAUGCGGGUAUGGUACAGUACAAGAUGCCCCGGGAGAAGCUCGAUACAUUUGAAUUUCCUACAAAGUUCAACAAUUUACCAAACUCGCUCACCCCCUACUACGUUCCCGAGCCAGAAAUAGUCCUUCAUGAUCAAGUAAUCACCAUCAACAACUUCUUCAAGCCUGAGCUAUGUCAAGAAUUGAUCAAGUCAUUUGAGACAACGUUGAAAUUGGAAACGACACCCCUCAUCAAAAGCAAAGAUUAUGCAGCAAGAUACAACGACAGGGCCCUCGUAACCGACUUGAAAUCAGCAGAUACAUUAUGGCAAUACAUGAGACAGAUCCUCACUACAAACCCAUACGAUGACGCCGACAAGCAGCAAGUUGUCGACACUUUUAAAUCUGCCAUUGGGCUAAACCCACAGUUGAGAAUUUAUCGGUACACGCAAGGUCACCAUUUCGGUGCGCAUUACGACGACUCAGUUGCGUGCAGUGUGCCUCCCGGUGGGAAAUCCAAGGGCAGGACGCAGUGGACACUACUUAUUUAUUUAACUGGCGAUGACGAAUUUAGAGGCGGGGGCACGAUCUUUUACCCUGACAAUGGCAGUGAGGCGCUAAAUAUCCAUCCUAGUAAAGGAAUGGCGUUGUUGCACAAGCACGGUGAUGCUUGUUUGCGACAUGAAGCGGAGUUGGUGAAGAAGGGUGCAAAAUGGGUUUUGAGAAGUGACGUCAUAUUUCCAAAUGGAAGAUGCUGA